ACGUGGCAAAGUCAGAUAGACUGAUAACUACAAUAACUUCUUUGCUAUGUGUCAUGAGUUGUUUGUAGCACUGUUAUAACAGUAGUUAUUUACGUUUAUAACCACAAUAAAAAGCCGGUGAGAUUUUCUUUGGUUUCCUUAAAUUUAGUUUUCUUUUUUUGUUUGAAAUUAUGCAGUGUUAACAAUGGCAACCAUUUUUCGAUUUUGCUUUGUACUUAUUGUUUUACUUCAACUUGUUCCUAAGUGCCUCACCCAGACUCGGAGGUCUGGCAGUGGCAGUCUCGUUCAAGUCGAAGACGUUUCAGCAAAAGAAUUCAAAAAGCUUCUAAGGGUUAAAACAAAUGUUCUCGUAUUGUUUGCCAAGUCGGUUAGGGAUACAAGUGAAGUUAGAAAGAUUAUUUCGGAUGUGGCAAUAGAAAUGAAAGGACAAGCAACUCUGGUUUUCGUUGAUUGUGGCAGCGAGGGAAAAAAGCUGUGUAAGAAAUUUAAGAUAUUUCCUGAUCCAUUUGUUCUCAAGCACUACAAAGAUGGCGAAUUUCACAAAGACUAUGACAGAAAGACAACUGUGAAGUCUCUGGUGAAUUUUUUGAAAGAUCCAUCUGGUGAUAUUCCUUGGGAAGAAGAAGAGUCUGCUCAAGACAUAAUUCACAUUUCUGAUGUAAAUAAUCUUGAAAAGUUACUUCGAAAAGAAAAAAUUCCAAUCAUGGUGAUGUUUUAUGCUCCUUGGUGUGGAUUUUGUAAGAGACUAAAACCAGACUACUCUGCAGCAGCUACAGAAUUGAAAGGACAAUCAAUUUUAGCAGCCAUGGAUGUCAACAAGCCAGAAAAUAGCAUAGUCCGUCAUCACUUCAACAUAACAGGGUUUCCAACACUUCUAUUCUUCGAAGAUGGAAAACUUAAAUAUAGGUAUGAAGGAGAAAAUAGUAAGGAUGGUAUUGUAAAUUUUAUGAAAAAUCCAGGCAAAGCCCCAGAAAAACCUAAAGAACCAGAAUGGUCAGAAGUUUCAAGUGAUGUUGUACAUCUCACAGAUGCAAGUUUUAACAGUACCAUUCAAGAAGAAGAAUCUGUGCUUGUGAUGUUUUAUGCACCAUGGUGUGGACAUUGCAAGAAAAUGAAGCCUGAAUACAUAAAUGCAGCUUCAAAGUUAAAAGAACAGAAUAUUCCUGGAGUUUUGGCUGCUGUUGAUGCUACAAAACACAGAGAGGUUGCAGAUCGUUUUAAAAUUACAGGUUAUCCAACUGUGAAAUACUUCAAAGGUGGUGAAUUUGCAUUUGAUGCUAAUGUAAGAACAGCUGACAAAAUAGUGGAAUUUAUGCAAGACCCCAAAGAACCUCCUCCUCCACCCCCACCUGAGAUACCUUGGCAUGAAAAAGCAAGUGAUGUUGUACAUCUUAAUGAAGAAAACUUCAAAACAUUUCUGAAAAGAAAAAAGCAUGUUCUUGUUAUGUUUUAUGCACCCUGGUGUGGACAUUGUAAAAAUGCUAAACCGGAAUAUGAAGCUGCAGCAGCACACUUCAAAGAUGAUCCAAAAGUGGAGCUAGCUGCUAUAGAUUGCAUUGCUCAUGCACCUAUUUGUAAUGCUAAUGAUGUAAAAGGAUACCCAACUUUUAAGUAUUUCAGCUAUUACAAGACUUCCAAAGCAUAUGAAGGAGGACGAAAAGAAUCAGAUUUUGUUGCAUUCAUGAAGGAUCCACAAGCUCCAGUGGCUUCGAGUCAUCCUUCUCCUCCUCCCAGCUUGACUCCUGAACAGUGGUGGACCGAACAUCCUGGUGCUGAAAAUUUACAUCAUUUGACUAGUAAUAACUUCAAGGAUUUCAUCCAAAAAGAAGUUUCUGUUUUAGUCAUGUUUUAUGCUCCUUGGUGUGGGCACUGUAAGGCAAUGAAACCAGCUUAUGCUGAGGCAGCAACAAUAUUAAAGAAAGAAGGAAUAACUGGUGUUCUAGCCACAAUUGAUGCCACGGGAGAGAGAGAACUAGCUACCUUGUAUGAAGUUAGAGGAUUUCCUACAUUAAAGUACUUUCAGAAAGGAAAAAUGAUUGCAGAGUAUGACCGUAGCAGGACUGUUGAAGAACUUGUUAGCUUUAUGAAAAGUCCCCCUCAGCCAAAAGAAGAAUUGUGAUGAGAAAAUUUGAGCUCCAUGAAUCUGUAAGGGUGUAUUUGAGGUUCCUGCUAUCUCCACACUAAAGUUGUUUGUUUUACAUCCAAUUUUAAAAGCUUGGACAAUAUGUAAAUUCUGCUUGAUGUAUACACAUUUAAACUUUUGGCCAGUAAUAUUUCAGUAAAAGGUAUUUCUGGAUUUAAGGUGAUUAAUUAUUACUUAACAAUAACAAAUUGUUUGUAUUGUGAGAAAAAAAUUGAGGCUGGCUUCUGUUUGCAUGUAUAAAUAUAUUUGACCAAUAAUCCAUUCCAGAAGAUUCUUCCAUUUAUUAUAAUAGUUCUGACGUUACAGUUACUGGUCGAGUAAAUUUUUUUUUUGUACAAAUCCCAUGUAAUUCAUCAUAUAAAAUGUAUUAAAAACCUAAAUCACUA